AUGUUCUCUAUGUAUUACUGGUUGAUUUUGGCUGUUGUUGCCGCAUUGUCAUUGUGCUUGGUGCUCCUAUUGAUCAGUGGCUGUAGCAAGCAGCAUGAUGAUGAGACGGCCGUGGAAUUGCUGGCCUUGGAAAAGGGGUUUGCGCGUCUUGUUGGUGGACCCAUGACAAUGUCCACAUUGACGUGGUUCAAAGGUGAUUGUAACAAGGGAGUCGUGGAGAGACUGCAACGAAGAUCAGAAGAAAUAUUAAGUGCAAACCCAUGGCUAGGAGGUCGGAUUGUCAGGAGAAGUGGUCGCCUCUCGUUGGUCUUUCGGCCCUAUGAUCACUUAGAUCCAAGCUUGCACGUCAUGAGGAACCCAAGGACUGCGAAACCGUUGUCUAAGGACGUACCAUACGAUGAAUUGCAGAGCCAUCUACGGAACCUAAUAGUGAAAGAUGGCCCUAGGCAGGUGCUGUGGAAAGUCUAUAUUAUCCCUUGUUGCAAAAAGCCGACGGAGAGCUUUGCCGUGAUGUGUUCAAUGUCUCACGCAAUUGGCGACGGGCAUACCUUCUAUCGUAUCCAUAACAUGCUGCUAGACCCUGAAGAAGAGGUGGAGGCCCUUGAUCCUACACGUAUCCUGUCUACCGAGAAACAGCAAGAAGAAAUCAUGGGAGGUAGAACCGGAGCAAGCAUGUGGCAAUCAUCCGGUUUCAUUGCCAAUAUGGUCUAUGGGUUUGACAAUGCAUUGCUGACAUGUAAGAGAAAAAGAAGGGUUGUCUUCCUUGUGGACUCAGAUGAGAUGGAAGCCGCCAAGAGGCGAGCCAUCUCUCCAAACUCCCCCGACGGAUCCUUCGUCUCGACGAAUGACGUGUUGACAAGUUGGUUCUUGCAGAAAAGUAGAUGUAAGCACGGAUUCAUGGCUGUCAAUUUGCGGGGCCGCCUCGACGGACAUUCCGAAGCACUUGCUGGAAACUAUGAAAAUGUCAUAUUCUACGAGCUUGAAGAUUCGGCAACGCCUGGGUUGGUGCGGCAAUCCAUCAUGCCCGGCACAAUCGAAGAUGACUCAUCGGCUCCUUGGCUGCAACGGGUGGUGACAAGAGAAACACCAUUGCCGGGAUUCUGGGCAAUGGCCUCAGGAUCUGUUGCCGUAGCCACCAAUUGGUCAACUUUUGCAAAACCAUGCGCACUCGAGGGAUGUCAGGAAGAAAUUCACGUCCCAAUCCUGAACUUUGGCAUUGCGGUCCCCUCAACCCUGGCCAUACUCAUCAUUUUCAGGUCGGGACCGCGUGGGCUGGCGGUACUCGUUGCGGGCACCAACGAUAGAAUUGCCGAUCUAGAAAAAGGAGCGCCGUUUCUGACUCCAGAGUCUCUCGAGUUCUGA